AGACAGGACGAUGAUGCUGGCAUCCUCAAACCCUUCCGAGUCACUUCCGGAAAUGGAGUUCGAUCACCAACCCGCACCUCCAACCAUCAGUUCACCCCAAUACGCCUUCCUCGAAGUUGCUGGUAUCGAACUUGCCGAUUCUUCUCUUUGCUCAGGCCAGUGACUUGCAUCCUCUGUUCUAUCCUUUCGGUCCCAUCAAGGAGGUGAAGCUCAUGGAUUCUGCUAUGCUCGGCAAUGGAACCACAACCGCUCUAGUCGAAUACGUGAAUGUCUUCGAUGCUCAGGAAGCCAAAGACGCACUUCAACGACAGUUCUAUGGGACCUCACGCCCGGAAGUCCGAUUCAUCCAAGACAAUAUAUAUCCGGUUAAUUCUACUGCUGCUGCGUAUGCCCAGUCUCCCAUGCUACCGAAAACAUCUGAUGCCGGCCUUAAUCCUUGUGCUGCUCCUUUCGUCUUUGGAUCCCGCCACUUGCCACCCUUGGCUUCUGGUCUUAGCGCCGUUGCGCACGAUUCAUUUGUCAACGACCUCAAUCUUGCCAAUAGACCGUCUUUACAUUUGCUAACUCCAGCCGAGUAGACCCUCUGCUCGCAGCUCCGAAUCUUACCCAAACCUUAUCUUGUCAUCAAGGAGACCUUCGUCCGGGAGUACGCUUGUCGUGGAGGCGAGUC